AUGUACGGAAUGAAUCAGGCGUACAACGCCGGCGGCGGUGACCCCAGCGCGCAGGUGCCAAACCACCUUCUUGCCCACGUGCAUUUGGUGUCUUCGUAUCGAUUCCCCGUCCUGCCCCAGCUGCGACCAGAGCAAGCCGUCGAGUAUCUCAUCAAAGGACCGCAGAUCGUGCGCGACACCUCCCCCGUCGCCUGGACGUACUUCGCAAGCCCUCCCCAGGAUGGCACCGUUGUCCUCACGUGGCAGCCGCCGCGCAUGGGAACACACUUUGCCUCUGACGGCAUGGUGUGGGCCGACCCCGAGUCCGCCUUUGACAUGCCUGUCCGCGGCUACACGCUGCAAGUGCUUGUGCACAGCACGGGCUACCACUAUCCUCACGAGCCCUUCGCCAUGCAUUCUCGAUUUCGUUACAGACUCACCGCAGGGCCAGGCACUAUCGACCCCAACCUAUGGCUCGUCCACUACAAGCCAGCAGAGCAGCAAAACAGACUUGCUGCCGGUCAGAUCCCCGUACCACGAGAAACACAGGCCACGUUGCAGAUGCGCGCCCAGCUGCAGGCUGCAGGGCCUCUCAUGCGCAAGGAGUUCAUGCUGCACGAUGCGUCCAACUGGCCCAAGGUCGAAUUCGGACAGCAAGCGGCCAUGCGACCGCAACAGCAGCCAUACUACAACCCCAUGCAGCCAGGGCGACCCUAUGUAGCGCAGCCUCCGCCAGCGAAGCGCAUGCGUGGUGCCACUCCUGCGCAGCCCCGCCCGCAGGUCUCCGGGGCAGUGCUUCCAGACACCUCCCUGGAAGACGAGGAGAAUGCCACGCAGGACGCCUUUGAUUUCCUGACGCCUCGCGAAAUAAGCCUGUCGCGAUACAAGCAACAUCACGAGUGGACGGAGGAAAUAUUCUCAUCACCUUACGCGGUGGGGAGUAUUGCGCCCAUCGACCUUGGCCUGGGACUCAUGGGCGAGCUUGCUCCUCUGACAGCCGACAUCUUGGAUGCUGCGGGGGCCGAGAAUCCGGAUACUGCCAAGGAAAACUACAGGAUCAAGGACUACUACAAACUGAACCCUGAGAAGCUUAAGGAUUUUGAGAAGCGAGUGGCCGAGUACACAGAGAGCGAACAAGCCGAGAUUGAAAAGAUGAAGGCUGAUCAUGCACGCAAGAUGGCGCAGUUGAAGCGAACUAGAACGUACAUCAAGGCUGAGAGGAGGCUACGCGAUCUGUCACGCUCCGCGGCGAACGAAGAGGAAGGCACCGAUCCCUCAGAUGGCGUGGUUCAAGACUUGGAGAAAUCGUUAGGAGUUACGUUCGAUGCGAAAAAGUCAGUCGUGUGUGUGGACAAGGGAGGGUACAUCGAAGUGCAACAGCCUCCUCCUCAGAAGGCGCAAGUCAAUGGCAAUGGACCACAAUCACAAUCCAACGGUGCGUCGAACGGUUCCAACAACGAUGCAUCCGAUUUCGACAACACCGCCGCAAGCCUACUCGAUCAGUACGGAACUGGAUCCUUGUCGGGAACACCCGGAAACAUCUCAAUACCCCGCAUGUCGCAACCUCCCAGUCAAUCCCAAUCAGCCAUCGGUACGCCUAGUCUACUGAGUGGAAAUGCCGCACAGCAAUCUGCAUUCGAUCAACAAACACCGAAUCUCGAUGCAGAUGCCGGCAAUGACCUGCUGGAUCUAGAUGUCGAGAUGUCCGGCAUGGCGAACGCAGAUGAGAAGGCGGGCGAAGAUUGGCUUGUAGCGAACGACCAAGCAGGCAGCGCACAGCAGUCCGGCAGUAACCCCCAAACCGCCACGAACAUGAACACGGCGACGAAUGAUCAGACCACUUUGGGUCAGUCUACUGUAGAUGCUGACGCAGGAAGUAUGUUCGACAGUGUGCCUGACUUUAGCAACUUUGAUGGCAUUGAUUCUGCGGGUGAUGCUCUGGCGGACUUUGGACAGGACGAUAACAUGGGUCUUGGCGACCUUGUGGAUGACUCGGCGUUCGGUGACGCUUUCCACGAGGAGAUGGGCGGUGAUGGGCACAACGCAUGA